AUGGUGAAGCUCACUUCCAAACAGCCUCCUCCUAGAGAACGUUCAGACACCAGUUAUAGAAACGCAAACUAUUUUGAUAUUGAAGGCAAAGAAGGAGGGUUUCUGGCAACCUCAAAUUCUCUCAAAGACUCGAAAUUGAGCAGGCGAAGCAGCUUAGACUGGCUGCCCAAGACUGACAAUGGUUCUCCGAAGCUGCGCUUGGUACCUGGCUUGCAAAACCUUGGAAAUAAUUGUUUUCUUAAUGUGAUUUUACAGGCUCUGGCUAGCUGUUCAUACUUUCAACCCUUUCUUCAAAAGGUUUUAGAGGAAUAUGAGUUCGCAGCAGUUGAGGAUGAGGUUUUUGGAUUUCCUCUUGCAAUAGCAUUGGCUGCUUUAUUAGAAGAUUUACGUGUAGUUGGUGGAGGAAGAGUUGUAUUAAGUCCACGAAGAGUCAUGCUUGCAAUGGCACAUUAUAUUCAGAAUUUCGAUCUAACAAGCCAGCAGGAUGCAGCAGAAGCAUUUCUUCAUCUUCUGUCCUCUUUAAGAGAAGAAUUUUCAGAUUGUUAUCUUCCAAAUCAAUGUUCUUUAGUAGAAGUAUUUGCUUCUAAUUGUAGGAUUAUUACUCCAAAGAGAAUGGAGAACCAGAGUGAAAAGGCAAGAUGGCAACAACACUACCUUGGACCAUUUGAUGGAAUUCUGGGUAGCAUCCUAACAUGUCGAAGUUGUUCGUCGCAGAUAUCAUUGAAUUUGGAAUCUUUUCACAGUUUGCCUCUUUCGCCAGUUCGUGAUGGUGGUGAGACAAUUAUGGUUGGAUGUAACUUGGAGGAUUGCCUGAAGCAGUUCACUGUUGCUGAAAGAGUUGAGAAUUACCAUUGUAACCAUUGUUGGCAUAUUGCUGCGGUCAAGUAUUUAUUUGCUAGAGGAGUAAAUGAGGCAGAUAUUGAAAAGAUUAAGAGAUGCACUGAGCAAGAUUCCUGUGACUGUCGAAGACUUUUUCAUCUAGAUAAGCUACCGUGGUCAAAUAAAUUUUCAUGUACUCUCAAGCAAAUAAGUAUUGCUCGUUGCCCAAAGAUUCUAUGCAUUCAUCUUAAACGUGUUUCAAUCAAUGUAUUUGGAGAACUUGUAAAACUUCAGGGCCGUAUUUCUUUUCCAUUGGUUUUGGACCUUUCGCAGUUCACAACAAGUGUGUCAGAAAUAAACAGUUGGGAAGAAAACAUGAGAAGAGGGCAAGCUCAGGGACAAAGUAGAAACCCAAGCACUCGUUCCAAUCAGUUCACUAUGCAGUAUGAUCAGAGAAAGCAUAAUAAUGUCUAUGGAUUAACGAGAGGAGGAAUAUCAGAAGAAUUAGCUUCAGAUAUAUCUCGAUUUGCUGCAAAUGCACAAGAUUUACCAGGAGAAUCCAGCUUUCCCCAAACUGCAGGGUUUUCAAAAACCAUGCAAUCAGGAGGAGAUCAGUGGUCUAAGAGUUGCGAAGAUCCUUGUUUGUACCGUCUUGUUGCUGUUGUUGAGCAUUUUGGAAGAGCUGGAAGCGGGCAUUACACUGUUUACAGAAGCGUGAGAGCUGAUUUAUGCGAGGAAGAAUCUGAUGAUCAGUUUGAGGCUGCUGCUCCGUGCUGGUUUUCUAUUUCAGAUUCAGAAGUGUGUCGUGUUUCAAAGGAUGCUGUUCUUGCUGCAGAAGCUAGCUUGCUCUUCUAUGAAAAAAAUGAAGGCUGA